GAGCUCAAAUUGUGAAGAAAGGCAGACAUUUUUAUCAAACCAUGUAAUGAGAGGUGGAUUAGAUGCAUAGACAUGUUAAAUCGUCCCGUCGAGGGCGUCUGUAGCGGGACCACAAUAUAAACCCGGCUGACGGCUGAGACAGGCAUCAUUCCAUCACCGGAGCUGGCAAGACUGACAGCAGCAGCAACAGCAGCCAACAUGAAGAUGUUUGUGAUUGCCGCUCUUCUGGCCGUUGCUGUCGCCGACAAGCUGCCGGCUCCCUCAUACUCUCCCCCGACUUCUCCUCCCUACUCUCCCUCGACCCCGCCUCCCUACUCUCCCACCACCCAGCCUCCCUAUUACUCCACUACCCAGAAAUACGGACAGAAGGUCCCUCAGAUCCUCUCUCAGCAGUUCGACCUCCGCCCCGACGGCUCCUAUGACUCGAGCUACCAGACGGACAACGGCAUUUCUGCCUCGGACUCUGGCAGGCCCGUGGCCGAUUACGGCGGCCAGCCCAGCUACGCCCGUGAGGGACAGUACAGCUACACCGACGACUACGGCAACACCUACACCGUCACCUACACGGCCGGCGUGAACGGUUACCAGCCGCAGGGCGCCCACCUGCCCGUCCCGGUGCCCACCGAGUACCCGAUCCCGCAGGUGCCGGUGGUGCCCCAGGGUGAUUACCAGCCGGCCCCGCCCCCCAAGCCCGUUCAGCCCCAGUACGAGCCGUACCAGCCGUACUAGUGAUAUUUGACAGCGCUCACGGGAAUAGAUGACCAUUGACCAACUUGUAGCAAACUUCUCUGUCAUUCUUUGAUUUCAACCGUCCGAUUGUUUGUGUGUGUGUGUCAAUCAGACGUGCGAAAUAUACGAGCUUUCAUCGAUCA